AUGGAGCAGAGUAAGGGUAAACAGUUAAAGGAUGAAUCUUUAGGUCUUCAGAACCGACAGAUUGAGAGUGGUAGCACUACGGAUUUUGGGUUGAACUCUGAAUGUCCAAGUCUGAAACAGAAAGUUACCGAUUUUGUGCCUAGAUGCUUGACAUGCCAGCAGGUUAAGGCUGAGCACCAGUCGCCAUCAAGGUUGCUGCAGUUGAUUAAGAUUCCCCUUUGGAGGUGGGAACGUGUGACGAUGGACUUCUUGGGUGAACGACGAGUUCUGGGUCUUGAGCUGGUUUUCGAGACUGAGCAUGAGGUUCGACUGAUUAGGGAUCGUCUGAAAGUAGCUUCUGAUAGGCAGAAGUCUUAUGCUGAUUUGAAGAGACGUGAGAUUGAGUAUUCUGUGGGGGACUUCAUGUUUCUAGAGGUCUCACCAUGGAAGAAGGUUCUGAGAUUUGGUCAAAAAGGAAAAUUAAGUCCUCGUUUUAUUGGGCCUUACGAAGUUAUUGAGAGAAUUGGACCAGUAGCGUAUCGAUUGGCCUUACCUCCUGAACUACAGAAAAUGCACGAUGUCUUCCAUGUUUCUAUGCUAAGAAGAUAUCGAUCAGAUCCUUCACAUGUUAUUACUACCGAGAAUGUAGAGAUUCGACCUGACUUAUCGUAUGAAGAAGAACCAGUUGAGAUUCUAGCACGAGAGGUAAAAGAAUUACGUAAUAAACGUAUUCCUUUAGUAAAAGUGCUAUGGCGAAGUCACAGUGUUGAAGAAGCUACGUGGGAACCGGAAGAAACGAUGAGAUCUCAAUACCCCCAU